AUGUUUGAUGGCGUAUGGAGGCUGAUCAAAAGAAAACGUCCUCAAACCUACGAUGUUUCUACGAGUCCAAAGUUCAGACCGUUACAAAUGAAGAAACAAUUACUGAAGACGAAAGAGACAUCUGAGUUGGACUUGAAAAUCGGUGAGUUUUUUUGCCAGUUGUUCUUGAAAAUCGGAGUUUGUUUUCAAAAAUUGGAAUUUGUUUUCGAAAAUCGGAGUUUGUUCUCUAAAAGUGGAGUUUGUUUUAGAAAACCGGAGUUUGCUUUCUAAAAUUGGAGUUUGAACAUCGGAGUUUGCCUUUCAAAAAUCGGAGUUUGUUUUCGAAAAUCGGAAUUUGCUUUCAAAAAGGAGGUUUAAAUCCGUAGUUUAAAAAUCGGAAUUUUACUUAAACUUCGUCUCAGGCUGUGCGCUUUCUUCAGCCACGUUGGGCCGACCUUAAGGCGAGGAAUUUGGGGGAUACAUGUAAAGGUAAGCUCCUGUCAACACAAUGCUUUGAUUUCUUUACAAGAAAGUAAUCGAUCUACAGCCAGUGAUUAUUCUUCUUCACCUUUCAGCCACACCUGCCCCUAUUUUUUUGGACAUGAAAACAGCUACCUAGAAGAAUAAUCAAUCUGUAGAUCAAGUACUUUCUUGUAAAGGAAUCAAGCAUCUCGACAAGAGCUUACCUCUUCACACGACCUUUCCGCACAUUCUGGUACCAAAGCUCAGGUGAAUCUCUAUUGUCAAACUCCGGUUUUCAAACAGCUGAUUUUCAAACACCGAUUUUAGAAAACAAACUCAGAUUUUUGAAAACUAAGUAGGAUUUUCAAACUCUAAUUUUUGAAAACAAACUCCCGUUUCCAAAAAAAAUGCCAUUUUCGAAAACAAAUUCCAAUUUUUGAGAACAAACUCUAGUUUUCAACAAAACAAACACCAAUUUUUCAAGUCAACCUCAGAUGUCCCUUAAAAGCUGUGAAUGCUGACCACAUUGCCGAUUAGACAGUAUCAGACCCAGUGCUACUGCAGGUUCUCAGAAGAGUUCAGCAGGACUAAAGUGAAAAAUGCCCUGACAAAAGCCUGGAGCCUUUCUACGUGAGGAGAAACGAAUUAAGCACACACAAUGGUUGUAUCUUGUGGGGGAACCGUGUGGUGAUACCAGCUCGGGGUCAGAAACAGCUCUUAGAGGACCUGCUCACCGCCCACCCAGGAAUGGUCAGAUGAAAAAUAUGGCGCGGAGCUACCUGUUGUGGCCAGGGCUGGAUACAGACAUUGAAGAUAAGGUCAAGUCAUGCAAAGUAUGUUGCUCACCUGUACAUUACCUAUAAAAGGGGCCACGGCAUUCAGCCAUUAAACAACUUCCAGUUUUAAAGCCAUUUCGAUCAUAACGAAACAGUCUUGAUCUCUUCCUUAAUUUUAUUCGUAUUAUCUGCUCUUCAAGUCUAUUUCAUCAAUGCUGGUCCUGUGACGGAGAGGCUGACGUCGUUCCACACCUUCUCAUCUGAACAAGACGCUCUUUGUCCACCAGGAGUAUGGACCUGCUCAACUGGAAAACGAUCACUGAGUGGCAAACUGUUGUUAAGAACCCAAGAUAGCGUCACCAGGGGUAGUUGUCCACCGGGCGUGUGGACAUGCUCUACUGGAAAGCGAUCGCACAUACCAAAUAGACAAUUUACAGCAAUUGCUGUAACUGCACAAGACAAUAAUGAAGAUAAUGGUAGCAAAGACCCAGCCUACAGAUCACGACAUAUCUCAACGAGUAGAAAGAAGAAAACAAUCAAGAGGAUGCUUAAAAAGAGAACACCCACAAUGAAGGGCUUCCAAGCCUCGAAAGUUGUUUGCCCUCCAGGCGUCUGGACAUGUUCUACUGGAAAACGAUGA